CGACCCAUUACCCCCACCCCAAUCUCAAUUUCCCUUUCCUUUCCCCAAGCCGUAAAACUGAAAACUCCGGCCGAAACCAAAAUCAAAUGGGGCCUUAAUCCCACCGAUCGACCCACUGCUGGACGAAAUCUCAUAUCCGAACGAUGGAAUCCAGCAUCCUGGCGUCGAUCGGGUGCGAGAUCGUGGGCGUCAUGUCCCCAGUUUCCAUAUGCAUGCUCCUCGUCGUCCUCCUCGUCUACUCCCUCUCCUCCUCCUCCUCUUCCUCCGCCGCCACCCAAAUCCGUACAGCCGCCAACCUCGUAUACCUCGAAGACGCCUCCGACUCGGUCUCCCAAAAGCUCGAAGGCGCCCUCCUCAACGCCCUCGUCUUCGUCCUCCUCAUCACCCUCCUCACCUUCCUCCUCGUCCUCCUCUACUACUUCCGCUUCACCUCCUUUCUCAAGAACUACAUGCGCUUCUCCGCCUUCUUUGUCUUCGCCUCCAUGGGCGGCUCCAUUUUUCUCUCCCUAAUUCUCCACUUCUCCAUUCCCAUUGACUCCCUCACCUCCUUCCUCCUCCUCUUCAAUUUCUCCGUCGUCGGCGUCCUCUCGCUCUUCUCCGCCGGAUUCCCAAUCAUUUGGCGCCAAUCGUACAUGGUUUCUUUGGGGAUUUUUGUUGCCACUUGGUUCACCAGAUUGCCCGAGUGGACCACUUGGAGCUUGCUUGUGGCAUUGGCAUUGUAUGAUCUCGUCGCCGUUUUGGCCCCAGGCGGGCCGCUUAAGCUGCUGGUCGAGUUGGCGUCGAGCCGGGACGAGGAGCUCCCCGCGUUGGUUUAUGAGGCUCGCCCCACGGUGCCGAGAGAAGCGGAGAUUCGCGGGCCACCGUUGGGGCUGUUGGUCUCGGAUUCGGGCAACGUCGAGCUCCAGGCGAUGCCGCGAGACAGUGCCAGUCGCGAAAAUCUUGCCGCGGUUGAUGAAGAAGAUGACGAGGGGUCGCCGUUGGUGGGAAAUGGCGGCGAUCCUUCUUCGGAGUAUUCGACGGUGGUGGCACGGUCGUCGGAUGAGAAUGGAGAGAAUGCAAGUGGUGGUGGUGGUGGUGUUGCUGUGGAUGAGGAAAUGUCUCCUCUUGUGGAAGUCAUGGGAAUGGGGAAUGAGAGAGAGGCGACGAGUAGUAGAGGGAUAAAGCUUGGUUUAGGGGACUUCAUUUUCUACAGUGUGCUUGUGGGCAGGGCCGCAAUGUACGACCUCAUGACGGUGUACGCGUGUUACCUCGCGAUCAUCUCAGGACUUGGCUGCACUCUCAUUCUGUUGUCCGUGUACCGGAGAGCUCUGCCUGCGCUCCCGAUUUCGAUCGCACUGGGCGUGGUGUUCUACUUCUUGACAAGGUUGUUGAUGGAACCUUUUGUUGUUGGGACGGCCACAAACCUCUUGAUGUUUUGAUCCUAACAUUUUUCAUACGAGUACUGAUGUCGUUUGGUGAAUCUAAGAAGACGGAUUUUCCCAAAUCUGCAUUUUGUUUCUCGUUU